AUGACCUUUCGAAGGUCUAUUGAGACCAUCAGCAGAUACUUCAGGGAAGUAUUGUAUGCUGUUGGUGAACUAAGAAAUGAAAUGAUCUUGCCACCUUCAACUGCUACACCAACCAAAAUUAGAGAUAGCCACAGAUGGUACCCCUAUUUCAAGGACUGUAUUGGUGCCAUUGAUGGCACUCAUGUGCUAGCAAGAGUUCCUAGAAAUCAGAGAGCUGCCUUCCUUGGCAGGAAACACACCACAACACAGAACAUCUUAGCUGCUGUAGACUUUGAUCUAAGGUUUACAUAUGUUCUUGCUGGCUGGGAGGGAUCAGCACAUGAUGCCCUUAUCCUUGCUGAUGCCCUUGAGAGAGAAGAUGGUCUAAAAGUGCCCCAAGGUAAAUUUUACCUUGUGGAUGCUGGUUAUGCUGUCAGGCCUGGGUUUUUACCCCCUUACCGUGCCACACGGUACCACUUGAGUGAAUAUGGGGGGAGGAAUCCACAGAACCCAAAAGAGCUCUUCAACCUUAGACAUUCAUCACUAAGGGUGACAAUAGAGAGGGCCUUCGGUGCUUUGAAGAACAGAUUCAAAAUAUUAUACAACAAACCUUUCCAUCCAUACAAGACACAAGUAAAGCUAGUUCUAGCCUGUUGUAUCCUCCACAACUGGAUUCUUCGUCAUGGGAAUGAUGAACAUAUUCCACUAGAAGACACAUGGGCUGCAAAUCAAGUUCAUGAGGGAGCUCCCCUUGACCUUGUCAUGGACAAUGCUGCCUGGUCUGCUACCAGGGACAAUUGGGCUCAACAGAUGUGGCAAAAUAGGGGAUAG